AGAGGCACAAGGCAGUGGUGACAAGGCAGGACACAAUCCCAGCUGUCUGUAAGUAGUGAGAGGAACUCAGGGUUCAGAACAUAUUGUGCUUUUUUGGGAAGUUAGUAGUGAGACUGGUGUGAAUGGAAAGGGCAGGUAAAUAAGCUGAAGGACACUGAGAUUAGAUGGCAGAAAGUUAAUUUAAAAUCACAAGUGAAAGGUAAAGAGUCUCAGGGACGAGGGAAAGUUGCCGCUGUCAAUCACAGGCUGCUCAGCGCUGCGCUGGAAGGAACCUGAUUCACUAAAGAUAAUACAAGUGUGUGAGAGUCAGAGGAGGGUCUGAUUGGUUCAGGGCAGGGCAUUACCAUUGCCGGGACACAGAGGUAGAGUCGCUGUAACAGGGAGCGGACGCGAAUGAAGUGUCUCUCAGCAGCUCCCUGAGGCUCAGCCCAUGAGCGGAGCAGGUUAUUCGCUGUCGCAACAUGAGUCACAUGUGAAUGUGAAGUGCAACUUGGAACAAGGAGUGACUGCUGUUUCCUCCUGAGGCGCACACUUGCCUCGGACACUGCUAAAGCGAGGCCAUUACCUGGCGCCGGAGAGAGAGAGAGAACGGGCGCGGUACCUGCUGUUCUGUGGGGAAACGACUGUCCCGGGGAUCUAUUUCUACAACCGGGCACGCGGGCGGCUGGAUACAUUGACCAACUUGCUACAGCGGAUUAAAGCGCAAGCUGUGGGGAGAGAAUGUGCCCAGUGUUACGGAGUGAAUGAAGCGCUCGCUGGAAUGACAACAUGAUAUUCCAGAUAAGUGGAUUGUGGUGCAGUCAUUGGAAAUGGAAAAUGCAAUACAUUCUACUCUCCUUCGUGGUGUACAUUGCUUAUGUCCAGCAUAGUGUUUCAUGUUGCACUGUCUGCAAGUUAACCUUGACAGCAACUACUGGAAAUGUCACUUCACCUUGCUAUUCUCAAUUGUACCCCAACAACCAGGACUGCAAGUGGAUCUUGCAGGCUCCAAGGGGAUUUAUCAUUCAACUCACAUUUGUUGAUUUUGAUGUUGAGGAAGCUCAGAACUGCGUGUAUGACUACGUUUCUAUAAGCAAUGGAGAAACAACGACCAAAUAUUGUGGUGUAACAGCAAGAGGCCUUACAUAUAACUCCACUGGGAAUAUGAUGAACAUAUCGUUUUUCAGUGACUUUAGUAUCCAAAGGAAAGGCUUCAAUGCAACCUAUAAGCAUGUUCCUGUAAGCUUGAGAAAUCUAAAAGUUACUAUACCGCAAAAACAAAGUCUGGGUAUUGUGUCUGUCACAAGCACAGUUCUUGUACCAGCACUAAGCCAGUUUACGGUAUGCUUUGAGGCAACACGAUUCAGGAGCAGCCCAGCAGAAUGGAAAGCAUUGACAUACUGGAAUUCUUUAACAGAACUUCUCAGUUUUGGAAAGACUGCAAGUGGCCAUUUUGUGUAUAUCUCUGGCAUACAGUGCCCUCUCAACCUUACUUUGUCUUCAUCAACUGCAACCGGGGAGUUUUUCACGGAAACAUUGCAAGAGGUCUGCAUAACUUGGGACAGCCGGUCAGGACUUGUUGGCGUGAAGACCCUAAAUACCUUUCAGACUUCAACUUGUUUAGAUACAAAGAACAUACACAUUCCUGGUAAUGGAAGCCUAAUGUUAGGCUGUUAUGAUAAUAAAACAUCUAGCCUGCAAGGGGAUAUUUACAAUUUCCGCCUUUGGGACACGGCCUUCGAUUCAGUGGCUCUGUCAAACCUAAGCUGUGAUCAGAAAGGAAAUAUUGUCACCUGGGAAAACGAUUUUUGGUCAAUCCCAUCUUGGGCAAGAAAAGCUGGAACUGAUCUCAGUUGUGGUACCACCUUGUCAAGUACACCUUCUACUGUAACAACCACCUGUAAGAAUCUUGGAGGCGUAUGUCAAGCAACUGCUGCUCAGUCAGCUACUAAACAAAAACCAGCAACUACUGCCACAACUACUGCCACAACUGCACCAGCAACUACCAUAUCAUCUACUGUACCAUUUACUGUAUCAUCUACUGUACCAUCCAAUGUAUCGUCUACUAUAGCAUCUCCUGUAACAUCCAUCAUAUCAUCUUCUGUAGCAUCUACAGUAGUAUCUACCAUAUCAACUAAUGCACCAUCCGCCAUGUCAUCUAGUGUAUCAUCCAGUGUAUCAUCUGCUAUCGCAUCUUCUCUAUUAUCCACUGUGUCAUCUACCAUACCAUCUACUUCAUCAUCUGCUAAGACAUCUAACAAGUCUUCUAGUGCACGAUCUUCAGUAUCAUUUAAUAAAUUAUCUAAUGGCAAUAGCCAUUCAUCUAGUGAACGAUCUUUGGUAUCAUCUAAUGUAUCAUCUAAUGGACCAUCUAACAAAUCACCUACUGAACGAUCUACUAUAGCAUCUCCUCUACUAUCCAAUGUAUCAUCUACCAUAUCAUCUUCUUCAUCAUCUAAAAAAAUGUCUAGCAAGUCAUCUAGUGAGCGAUCUGUGGUAUCAUCUAAUGUAGCAUCUAAUCGACCAUCUACCAAAUCACCUACUGAACGAUCUACUAUAGCAUCUCCUCUACUAUCCAAUGUAUCAUCUACCAUAUCAUCUUCUUCAUCAUCUAAAAAAAUGUCUAGCAAGUCAUCUAGUGAGCGAUCUGUGGUAUCAUCUAAUGUAGCAUCUAAUCGACCAUCUACCAAAUCACCUACUGAACCAUCUACUAAAGCAUCUACUCUACUAUCCAAUGUAUCAUCUACCAUAUCAUCUACGUCAUCAUCUAAUAAAACUUCUAGCAAUUCAUCUAGGGAACAAUCUUUUGUAUCAUUGAAUGUAGCAUCUAAUGGACCAUCAACCAAAUCACCUACUGCACCAUCUACAAUAGCAUCUCCGCUACUAUCCAAUGUAUCAUCUACCAUAUCAUCUACUUUAUCCUCUAAUAAAAUGUCUAGCAAGUUAUCUAGUGAACGAUCUUUGGUAUCAUCUAAUGUAGCAUCUAAUGGACCAUCUACCAAAUCACCUACUGCACCAUCUACUAUAACAUCUCUUCUACUAACUUCUGUAUCAUCUACCAUAUCAUCUACGUCAUCAUCUAAUAAACUGCCUAGCAAGUCAUCUAGUGCACAACCUACUGCAUCAUCUAAUUUAGCAUAUAAUGGACCAUUUAUCAAAUCAACAUCUGCACUAUCCAAUGAGGCAUCCAGAAAUUCAUCUAAUGUACAAAGCACUGUAUCCUCUACCAUACUAUCUAUUGAACCAUCCCUUUUGAAAUCCACCAUACCAUCCAUGUUGUCAUCUACUAUACCAUCCUCUGUAUCAUCUCCCGCGUUAUCAAAAUCCACUGAAGAAUCUAACAUGUCAUCUAGUAUACGAUCCACUCUACUAUCUACUAUGUCCACUAAAUCUUCCACCACUUCAUCUACUGUACCAUCUGUUUUGUCAUAUGCCGUACCAGUGACAGUGUCAUCUAUCAUGUCAUCUACUGUGCCAUUGACUUUAUCACCUACUAUGUCAUCUCCUGUGACUUCCUCUGAAACUACUGUAAAAUCCAUGUUGUCAUCUACUGUACCAUCUCCAGUGUCAUCAACUGUACAUUCAUCGUUGCCAUCGCCUGUAACAAGGACUGAACCAUCUAUCAUAUCAUCCAAUUUGUCAUCAGCUGUACCAUACACUUCUGUAACAUCCACUGGUUCUGCUUUAUCAUUUACUGCCACCACUACAUCAACCACUGCCAUAACUACCUCUGCCACACUGGCCACCAUAAGCACUGCUUUGCCAUCAUCCUUAAACAGCAUUACUACUUCUGCUUCUAGUGUAACAAAUGCUACUCUGAGUACUGCCUCACCAUUUCCCUUGAGCCCUACUAACUCAUUUGAUAGGACCACAAACUAUAGCACAAAUUCUGCUACUCUGAGUACUGAUUCACCAUCUCCCUUGAGCCCUACUAACUCAUCUGAUAGGACCACAAACUAUAGCACAAAUUCUGCAACUUACAGUACUGUCUCAACAACUACCUUCAACACUAGUAAUUUGAAUGACACAACUUAUAGCUCAAGUUCUGCUACUGUAACUUCCGAUUUUUCAUCUACUUUGAACAAUAUGAUUAAUACUACCACAAGCAAUGCUACUCUGAGUACUGCUUCACCAUCUCCAUUGAGCCCUACUAACUCAUUUGAUAGGACCACAAACUAUAGCACAAAUUCUGCUACUGUAACUUCUGAUUUUUCAUCUACUUUGAACAAUAUGAUUAAUGCUACCACCAGCAAUGCAGCUACAUCCUCACCAUCUACCAUGAUAACUAUUAACAUGAAUGAUACUAACCACAUCAAUAACUCUCAGCCUGGUGGAACAUUUUACAGGAUCUCCAUAACUGUUGUCAACUACAAUCUUGAUAAUGAAUCAGAAGUGCAGCGUACAGUAUCAGACUGGUUGAAGCAAUCGUUGCAGAACUGGAGUUACGCUGUCUUUCUAUUAAACAUGAGCAUUCAUCAGACCAACUCAGAAUUUGUCAGAGAUGCUCGGAGCCUUCUCACAAAAAGUAUGCAGCACAACCAUAAAAGACGUGCCAGGGAUAUCAGCAAUAAAAGCUUUGAUGUUUGGGCUCUUUUGGUGUAUAACAACAGCAAUAAUGUUGUCUUGGAAACAAAAACUAUUUAUGACAAAUUGUUACAAAAUAAUGACAGCAUUGGGGAUGGAUUGAGUCUUCAUGCAGUUAAUGUCUAUUCAGUUGAACCAUGUAUGGCCGAAGAAUACCCAUCUUCAUACUUUUGGCCAAAUACAAGGCCGACUGUGAUUGAAAUAAUCCCCUGCCCAAAGAGCAGUGUGUUUAAUGCAUCUAGGAAAUGCUCAGUUGGCUUACACAAUUAUAGCUCCUAUUGGGAAACUCCAAAUACAGAUAAUUGCACGGAUCUCACCGUGACAGAAGAUGCAGAAAAUGCGGCAAAUGAACUGCUGAAUAUGACUGGAAAUGGCCAGGUCCUGACUUCAGAGAAAGUUAAUCAAGUUGUUCAAAAACUAAAACAAAUAGUCAAUGAUGCCAAUAUCAGUGCCAGUCUUGGCUCAACUGUAGUAAAUGUUUUUUCUAAUCUCCUAAGCAGUCCAGAUGACUUACUGGCUAAAUCCUCUUCUGACGCCCUCAAAACAAUCGAAACCUUGGCAUUAAAGGUCCAAUUCACAGGACCAUCUGUCAGUAUUUUAUCACCAAACUUGGCUUUAGGAGUGUCAAGAGUGAAUUCUACCUUAUACACUGGUUCAUCUUUUAGCGUUGGAUCAAAUACCAGCAGUUCGGGGUUUGAGGUUAACAUGGAGAAAUCCCAAAACAGUUCAUUGGCUUCUGUUGUUUUACCCUCAAGCCUGUUGUCAAAUUUAAGUGAAAGUGAUUUCUACACAGUUUCGAGAGCUCAGUUCACUUUCUUCAAUAAGUCCGGACUUUUUCAGGAUUCCCAAAUUGCCUCAGGGGACCAGAUGCUCAUCAGCUACGUUGUAGCGUGCAGUAUUGGAAAUAUUACUAUCAAGAACCUUGCGGAUCCAGUCAAAAUUAUAGUCAAGCACAAAUCACAAGGGACAAAUCAAGAGAAAACCUGCGUUUUCUGGGACACAGAAAGAAACAAUGGUAAAGGUGGCUGGAACACAUAUGGCUGCACUGUGGUUAAACAGGAAUCCACCGUGAAUGAAACAGUCUGUUUGUGCAACCACCUCACACAUUUUGGAAUACUGAUGGAUCUUCAAAGGACAAGUCAACUUAUCGAUCAGCAAAAUACUAGAAUCCUUACCUUUAUAACGUACAUUGGCUGUGGAAUAUCUGCAAUCUGUACAGCUGCCACCCUUCUGACCUACAUUGCAUUUGAAAAAAUUAGGCGUGAUUACCCCUCCAAGAUCCUCAUGAACUUAAGUACUGCAUUGCUCUUUCUGAACCUUUUCUUCCUCUUGGAUGGUUGGAUUGCGUCCUUUGGAAUCAAUGAACUCUGCAUAACGGUGGCUGUCCUACUGCAUUUCUUUUUGCUGGCUACAUUCACAUGGAUGGGGCUGGAGGCUGUGCACAUGUAUAUUGCUCUGGUUAAGGUUUUCAACACAUACAUCCGGAGAUAUAUGUUAAAAUUCUGCAUUAUUGGCUGGGGCUUACCAGCUAUAAUUGUUUCUGUGGUCCUUGCAAGUACGCACAGCAAUAUUGCUUAUGGAAGUAGCAGUUAUGGCCAAGACAGUCGUGGAAACGGAGGUGAUGAAUUCUGCUGGAUUAAAAGUGAUACGGUAUUCUAUGUGACCUGUGCUGCCUAUUUUGCCAUUGUGUUCCUGAUGAACGUAGCCAUGUUCAUUGUGGUGAUGGUACAGAUCUGUGGAAGAAAUGGAAAAAGAACUAACCGAAGCAUUCGAGAGGAGGUUCUGCGAAACCUGCGUAGUGUUGUCAGCCUCACCUUCCUCCUAGGAAUGACCUGGGGUUUUGCUUUUUUCGCUUGGGGUCCAGUUAAUCUUGCUUUCAUGUAUUUGUUUACAAUUUUCAACUCGCUACAAGGUUUAUUUAUAUUUGUAUUCCACUGUGCUUUGAAGGAAAAUGUACAGAAACAGUGGAGACGGCAUCUGUGCUGUGGAAAACUUCGUCUGACAGACAAUUCUGACUGGAGUAAAACAGCAACUAACAAUACAAAGAAGGUCAGCUCCGAUAAUUUGGGGAAGUCCCUUUCCUCGAGCUCUAUAGGCUCAAAUUCCACAUACUUGACAUCAAAAUCUAAGUCCAGCACUAAACCAUUCUUUAAAAGAAACAGUGGCGCCGGUUACAUUUUUGGCGACAGACCCUCAGUUAAAUUUACAGCAGUGGAUGGCGAGCAGACAUCAAUUCUUCCUGUUCAUCACGUUAUUGACAAAGUCAAAGGGUACUAUAAUUCCCAUUCUGACAACUUCUACAAGAACAUCAUCAUGUCAGAAUCAUACAGCAAAAGCACCAAGUUCUAAAGCACAACCUCCCACAGAAAUCGGACGCACCCGUUUAUGGCCUUCAGAGCUUUAUUGGGGAUCUGUCCUCAAGGGACUGAUGAUUAAAAAGAAUUGGUCCCAAAGAGGCUGGUGUCUGAAAGUAAAUAUACAUUUCAAAUAUGUCAAUGUAUGUGCAUUAACCAAAUCAUAGCUAUCAUCCAAUGAUAAUAGAAAAUAAAUUGUAAGGGUGUUAUGGAUUCUACAAGAACGGAGAUGUCCGGGAAUUCUUCUCAUCUGGACUGACUUUAGCAUACAGACUUAUAUGAUUGCUCACCGACAAUCACCAACACAAAAGGGACAUUGUAUUAUGUGUACUGCUUUAAAUGUGCCUAGUGAUCCAAGUUAUAGUGGCAUUUCUAUGUUUUUGGUAUUCACGUUGAAAGAUUUCUUCAUGACCAUGACCAAGUUCUUACGUCAUGCUAUCAUAGCGUUCAAGGACAUAGUGUUUUAGGACAUGGAUAAUCCAGUAAUGUUACCAUCAUCUAUAACACUGAAUGCAUUCUAGUUGGGAAAAGGCAGCCGACUGGCAAUAAUUUGUGUUAAAACAUGAUCAUGAGUCACUUAAUACAUAAAGAUGCUUAACUGCAUAGUUGCAUUAACCUUGAGGCAUGAAAACCAUGUAGAAAAUGAAAACUCUCAUAAAUGUGAAGCGUUGAUCAUCCAAUAGUCUACAAACCAAGUUUGACAGUAGCUCAACAUAUUGAAUGCUGAACAGGAUUAUACUGUGGUGAACUUCAAUGAGGACAAUGGAGUGAAUUAGGUUCAACUCCAUAAAAUAGUUGCUCACAGCCCUCUCUACAAAGUUUUUAGGCAGUUUCGAAGAGUUGAAACCUGUUACUGUCAAAACUGCAGCCAACGGGAACUAGUCUAGAACCUUCCAUUUCACAAUGCAGCAAUAGAUUUCCAGAACUUAGCUUUUUUAAUGCUGUACAUUUCAGAAUGGCUUUUCCUAUCAGGUAAGAUUCAGUUGGCUGUAAAUUGAAUGCAACAAUUCUAGAAGGCAAAUGCAGGAAGAUCCUUACAGAGAACUGUAGCUUAUUUGUGUCAUUGCAAUAUGAAUGUUGUUGAUGACUUUAGCCUUUCUUUGAUGAAGAAGUCAACUCAUUGUGCUGAUUACUGGUUUGCCGGCUGCAAAGUACUGCAAGUUAACAGUAGCGCAUGAGGAAAAAGCAAAUGGUCUAAUUCUUCAAAUACAUUUAUGACAAAAGGGAUGGUGUGACCUGCUAUUCAUAUAAAAUGAGUCCUCUCCAUUUCAUUCAAGGGCUGUCUAAUUAAUGUCAAUUGUGUUUGUGAAUUACACCACCUUACCUUUUACAGUCUGAAUAUUGUUAUUUUAAGUUAACUCAUCUUUAAGUUAAGUCGUAUUUAUUUGUCAGUGAUACUUUCCCUGCAAACGCUCAGUUAUUGUGUGCUGAACGAAAACCUCACAAUGUAGAUGCUGUCAUAGUCGGUUAUCUUCUCAAUUCUUUACUACAGCUGUCAUAUGUAGAACAGAUUACAAAUAUAGUUUUAAAGAGAUAAAGCUGAUUAGAAACCAUAUGUCUGAUAUAUCUGAUACAUUUAUGAAUAACUUGCUUCCUUCACUGAUUUUCAAUAUUAGCACCCAGCAUCCAACCAGUAGCUUGAGCUUGCAACCUUGAUUCCCAUCAUUUUUACUACUACCUGUGCAGUAACCAAGACUGCUAAUGGCAUUUAGAUUCAUAAUCACCUACAGAAAUGGCAUCGUUAUGGGGUCAUUACUUGUGUUGCUAACUCGUCACUGCAACCUUUAUAGGAUAGCUAAAUUGGACUCAAUUUACAUACAUUUUUUACAUAAACUUGUAAACAACUCAUAUUAAACAACAUUUACAUACAAUCCAGAUCAUUUUAACUGAAUCUACUACAGGUAUGGGAUCUGUUAUCCAGAAAGCUCUGAAUUAUGGAAUAUCCCAAUUUUUUUCUCUGUAAUAAUAAAACAAUAUCUUGUA